UCGACUCAAUUGAGGGUUUGGAUUCGAAGGUGAUUGAGCUUUUCAUAGUUUUUCGUGUAUGUACUACCAAACUGUUUUACUUGAGACUUCUUUGUUGUCGAAUUUUUUUGGUCGGAUUCAAGAUGUUGGGAAAGCUAGGGCGGGUAAAUUAUUGUUGCGUAUUUAUUUUGGCAAGCCUGGUCUUGCAGUUCGGUCCAGCGUUGUCUCAAGAAGAAGAGGAAGAAGCAGUCGAUCCUCCAGUGGUGAUUGUUCCCGCUCCAACUGCAGAAGAAAUAUUCAGGAAUUUGUUCACUAGAACACGACCACCCCUCUGCGAUUUAUGGGAAACCAUAGACCUGACCAUGAAUGACGUGGAUCUCUCCCAUCCAGAUAAUAAUAUCACAAUAAUAACUGAAAAUACCACGUUGACAGGCUACGAGUUCAGCCAUGAAGAUGUGUUCGGUCUGGACGAGGCAACGAUGACAGGUCGUGUGUGCGCAUGCCAUAUAGCGGAAACACCCUGUAUUCCGUUGUGUUGCCAUCCUGACCGGCUGGGAUCCAUGAAGGAUGGCAAACUUACAUGUGGCGCCACCAAUUCACAUCCAAAACUCGACGAGAAAUUCUCCAAAUAUCUGAAGGCACAGAAGAAUAUGGAGAGAGGUAAAUUUGUUCCGGUCCACCACAACGGCCUGGCAACGAUGUCAAAGUGCGUGAACGAGGCCACCCAUUCCUACAGGCCAGGCACGCUCAAGUACAUUGACACUAAAGACGGUAUUCUAUCGACCAAGGAAGAUUCGGCAUUCAAGAACGAUGAAUACUGUUUUCUGGCCGAGAAAGGAAGAGCAGAUAUCACAUUUGUCCCUGUCUAUUGUCAGAAGGUUCAACCAAAACCUCCGUUAAGCACCCCAAAACCUCCCUCUAAACCAUCAUCCGCAUUGCAGACGAUUCCCUCUUCGAAAACCGCCGUUUUCUGCAGUAUUGCUUCAAUUUUGAUUGUCUAUCUGGUUGUUCAAUAAACAUCAAAUUCAAUCUCUCAAACAAAUCUCAAAUUUUUGACAAACUGUUUGUCACAAAGAAGGGAAGAUUCUUUCUUAAUAUUAUUUAAUCAUUCAGAACUACACACAGUCUAUCUGGUUGUUCAAUAAACAUCAGAUUCAAUCUCUCAAACAAAUCUCAAAUUUUUGACAAACUGUUUGUCACAAAGAAUUGAAGACUCUUUCUCGAUUUUAUUUAUUAUUCUAUCAUUCAGAAUUACACAACUUACAGGAAAGUACCACAGAGGCUUCCGCCCAAAACGGUUCCAAUUCUAAUUUAUACAACAGUCCAAAUGUAACUAGGUUAUAUGUCACUUCAGCAUUAUUCAAUAGAACAUUCUAAUGUGUUUUAUUCAGUGUAGAUAAUUAUAUCACCAACAUUUAUUAUUAUCUCCAACUCAAAUUUUAUACCUAUAAUAAAAACCUAUUUGAAUUUUAUCCACUAUUAUUCCCGCAUAAAUCAUCAAUUCAAGUCUUGCUGAUUUAAUUAGUUCAUAUUCAACUGUAUUACCGUAAUAGUUUACUUUAUAUCUUAAUAAAAAUUAAAUUUUACACUUGAAAGUAAUAUCAUUCAUUUUUAUUCAAAUUAGUUAGAAUCAAUGAUCUCUUUUAUAUUCAACUGUAUAUUAAUAGCCUUUUCAUUUUUAAAUUUGAAUAAUCAUACAAAUUAGUGCUAUGAAGAAAACACAGUAUGCAUUUAAUAAGAUCUAUGAAUAUAGUCAUUGAAUAUAAAAAUAUACUAUUGGAUCAACCAAUCUCUAUUUUUAAUGUUGUUGCCUACAUUUAGAAUAAUAUUUGACAAAUUUGUUAGAAGAUAUUAUGUUAAUUUCAAUUUUAAUGCCAUUGAUUAUUAUAGCCUACAAUAAAAGCUUCAUUUAUGAAAUAAUAUGAGUGUAAUUUUGUAUUAACCAAAAAAAUAAAUAUAUCAAAAAAU